AUGAGCAAUUUUUCGAAGAAUACAGAAUUUUUGAAACCUUAUUUGAAAUUAAAACAACAAGAAUGCAAUAUUGAAAAGUCAGUCGAAGCUCUUAUGGUAAGUUCUAAGAGUAAUCUUCAAUAUUGGAAUACCAUUAAACAAGAAGUCAAUGCGUCGGAGGAUGAGAGAAAAAAGUUAGAAGAAUCUUUAAAAGAACCCUUAAGACGAAUUUACGAGGAGUUGAAAGGCGUGAGAGAAGUGAUAAGUCCGGAAAAUAUUAAAACAAUUGACCUUGAGAUGUUUAAGAAGAGGCUUCAAGACUUGUGGAAAAAAAUUCAAAACUUUAAGGACACGUGCAAGCCCACAGCAGAUUUAGCAGCCGAGCAAGCUACCUUAGAAACCGAAUUGAAUGUGCUGAUGAGAGGAAUUCGCAAACACAAAGAUUUCAGCAACGUACGCGAUCCGGUAUAUAGAGUUGGGAAUAAUAAGAAACCGCUGACGAAGAGUGAAAAUUGGAGAAAAGACGACGAUGACGAACGUGAAGAAGAUUUUACAUCGCUCGUUGCGAGAACCGGGCACACCGGCACCUGGACCGAAGACGAUCACUUCCUGUUCGUAAAGCUGCGCAAAAGACACAAAAGCAUCACAUCUCUGGCUCAAGCAAUCCAAGCCAAAUGUCCAGACUUGAGCAACGAAAGUAUAGUGAAUCACGAUGCCUGGUACCGCACCUAUCUGGAUCUUCGUGAUAAACAACGAAAAGCCGUGCAAGAGUGGCGGAGACGAAAAGAAGCCGAGCGCGUCAAACUGUUGGAGCAGCGUCCGAAGAUGAUGCGCGUGGAAUCGGCACCCGAUGUAACAGGCAAUUCAUCCAGGGAGAAUAAGAAAACAAAUUUCUCGAUGGAACUCGAUCGAACCGAGAAGGUCAAAGUUGAAGACAAGAAGGUAGACGUUACGAAAAAGAGGGAAAUAGUGAAGCAGUGGAGGGAACAAAGAGAUAGGACAAAGAUAGCAGAGGAAGAGAGAAGGAAAGAUCAACUGAAAGCCAGACAGGACGAGAAGGAGAAUAAGUGGAAGGCCAGGGAUGCUCAAUUAAAGAAGAUUCUUGCCGAGAUUAAAGAGAAGAAGAUUGAAGAAAAGGCUGAUAGUAGCGAAAGUACUCCGGCGUUACCAGCGAACCUCAUUUUGCAAGCCUACAGAGCAAAGGAUCAAGAAUUUAUAGAGAAGAGGAAAAAUAUAUUACUGUCCAAGAGAAAUACCCCAAAACAAUGUAUACCAGCAAUGCAAUAUAAUUUUUCCAAGAUUUGCGUAUCAACGCUUCUGAACGAGACGAAAGCUUGGCAAGAAAAACAACGAGCAUCCGAGCCUCAAGUGACGCGUAGUGUUAAUUAUAUCAAAGAUUUGCCUAAAAGGACAAUGAUAACCUGGAAAAGCUACGAGAUUCCAGAUUCCACGCUGUUUCGCCAAAGAUAUUGA